AACAACACAUACCAUAUAACAACCCGUUCUGCGGCCUUUCAUCUCUGUUUGUGAAGUGAAAUAGUGGUUUUUAAACAAGUUUAAGUUCAAUAUUAAUUAGCAGUUUGGGAAAGAUGGGAGCACUCAGUGACGAAUUGGACUUUCUUCAACUAAGGCAACAACUGAAACAACGCAUCAGAAACAAUCAUAUGAAGGAAUUGGGUUAUGCUCCUGAAUCCUCGGUUAAUAAGAACAAAUUACUUUCCGACGAUUCUGGAUCUUUCUUUGGCCCAUCGCAAUCUGUUAUUGCGCAAAGAGUGAUUGAAGAAAGCAAAGCAUUCAUGCCAGAGUUGAGGAAUUUGGCAUCUAAGGUCGGAAAUUCCCAUGAUAAGGGUAACAAGAAGCUAAAGAGCCCAGUCUUAAGCACGACCAACGCAAAGUCUGGUUUGAGAUGUAAAAACCUUAAGGAGUCCCGGGAUUAUUCUUUCUUACUAUCGGACAAUGCAGAAAUUCCUUCAACUUCAAAAGGAGGAGAGCCUCGACUUGUGAAAAAUUCUCUCUCCAAUUCAAGCAAUAAAAGAAAUCCGGGUUCUGCUAUACACAGAGCUUCUUCUUCGACAAAUUUGAAAUCCGUGAAGAGGCAACAUUUGGAAGAGAAAGUUCAGUCACUGCCUGCAACAAGAAAAAAAUUGGAACAAUCAAAGAAAUUGCAUCCUCCUACGAGAGCAAAACUGAUGGCAGACAAUUGCAAAACAGCCUUGAAAACAUCACAAUCUUCAACAAAGCCGAACAUAAAACAAGCAAAGCAUUGUCUUGAGCCCGAGAACACAAAAGUAAAGCCAGAACAGAAAAGCUCUUCCUUAAAAAGACCACAAUCUUCAACAAAGCAAAACAUAAAACCAGCAAAGCAAAGUGUUGAGCCCGAGAACACAAAAGUGACGCCAAUACAGAAAAGCUCUUUCUUAAAAAAUCAGACCAAACGCCAUGUGGAGGAUAGUUAUGAUGAUGACAAUCUUGACAUUUCCUCUGUGAUCAAAAUGUUUGGACCUAAACGCAAACACAGAGAAGAUGAUGACGACGACGAUGACUGUGCCAUGGUCUCCAGCUUUGCUGAUAUUAUGAGAGAAGAGAGGAAGAGUGCAAAAAUUGCUAGGAAGGAGGAUGAAAUAGAGCGUCUCCGGCUUGAAGAAGAAGAGGAGGAGGAGAGAUUAAGAAAAGCAAAGCAGCAGAAGCUGAGAGAGAUUAAGAAAAACUGAUAUUGCAUUCGGAUAUGGGAUUUCAUAUUGAAGAUAUUUGGAUUUCUAAUUCUUAAUGUAAAUUGUAUAGUUGAUAUAAGA